AUGGCAGCGAAUAUUGGCUAUAUAGGUGACACCAAAGCUACGCAAGGUGCUAUAAAAGAUGGUUGGUUACAUACCGGAGAUAUUGGUUACUAUGAUGAUGAUUUUGAGUUCUUUAUUGUCGAUCGCAUAAAGGAAUUGAUUAAGUACAAAGCUUUUCAAGUACCACCAGCAGAAAUUGAAGCAAUUCUAUUGACACAUCCAAAAAUAAAGGAUGCCGCUGUUAUUGGUAAACCUGAUGAAGAGGCUGGAGAGUUACCAAUGGCUUUUGUGGUGAAACAAGCUAAUGUACAACUCACUGAAAAAGAAGUUGCAGAUUUUGUAGCAGAAAAUACUUCGUCGCCAAAGAGGUUACGGGGUGGUGUGUUAUUCGUUGAUGAUAUCCCUAAAAACCCGAGUGGUAAAAUUUUGCGACGAAUUCUAAGAGAUAUGAUUAAAAAUCCCAAAUCAAAAUUAUAAACAUUUAAUAAAAAAAAUUAAAUUUGGCUUACAUGUUAAAUACAGCGGUUAUGGAAAUUGAUUUUAUACAUAUUUAAAAAAAUUUAUACCAAAUAUAACAAAAAGUAAACAA